UUUUGACUUCACCACGCUGUGUUGUGCAGAUCGGGAACGAAGACGAGUUUCACGGUGGUGUAGCCUCCGGGGAAGGAAAAGAGUUUCUUCACUGUGAUGUCAUCAUGCACCAUAGUGCCGGCGGGAGGCCUUUCUUCUGGAGGGGACACCACUGAAACACACAAUGGAGGAGGGCCAAAAUGUCUCUCUUUGUGGUAAAGCAGCUGUACCUGAAGAUAAUCUGAGAGACGAGUACUUUUGGAAGCUUGUUGCGGACUUCAUUGGUCCUCAAUCGGGAGAAGGGCUCGAGCUGGAAAAGGCACCAUGCAAGACUAGACUUUUAGUUCAAGUAGGACUUAUGAGAGAGGACAAUAAUUUCCCCUGGACUGGCGUUGUAUAUUGGCUCACGAAAAUCUUCCCCAGCCAUCAGUCGGCUGACUUUCGGCGUUUGAUUGAAAGAGGCAUCGCAACGACGUUGAGCCUCGAAAGUGAUGCGAGGCUGACCUUCCUAGAGUCAGACGCCAACUUUAACUUUGUCGGCCCGAUAUGCGACAGCAUAGGAGUUGAACGGCAACAUCUUUUAGAAAUGAGGGAUUUUUCGGAGCGAGCGCAGUCGAUCGAAGUCACAAAUGGAUUGAUUCUCGAGUUGAGCAACUUUGUCACCAGGGAGAAAAUCGCACCGGUUGUUUUAGUCACUUGGCUUAGAAAUUUCAACUCUGAGUUCUGUGAGAAUGGGAAUAUUCAAAAAGCGUAUAAAGUCCUCAGGCCCAAGAUAAAAAAAAUUAAAACUGCAUUACCGCAAUUAUGAGACAAGGAGUCACAGGAGGAAUGCGGCGAUGGAAAAUCUGCGUCAGACCCCGUUUGAACUGGUGCGGAAAAAGAUGCCAAGAUUUAUUGUGAAGAAACGCAUGAAGAGAGAGGACGCGAUACAUUACGAAAAAGUUACAAUCAAGGAGGAAUACGAGAGCGAUGAAAUCAUGCAAGACGAAGCGCCCGAGGUGAACAGAGAGCGCGUGAGGAAAAUAAUCCUAAAAGACGAAGUCUCUGUAUGCGAUGAGAAUGGUGACGAUUUGGAAUCCAACAGUGACGAAGAAACCUCGGAUGAAAAACCAGAGCCGCUGACCCUGCUCGACAUUGCCAUGGUGUCUGUCCAAAAGCUGUCAUGCAUGUACGGUGUGAAGAACGAAGCGUGCCAGCAGGUUUGCUUGGAUCUCCUCAAAAAUCAGUACGCUCUGACGUGCAAGGAGCAUCCGGCCAUGGCAGAGUUUGAGAAGAAACUUGACGCGCUCUGUGAGGACGUGUCACUCGUUUAUCCGGUGGUGUUUUUAAACUACAACGCCAACUUCCUCGUCGAGAUGCACGACGCCGUGGAGCAGCAGAUCAUGAACUUCGAAAAAGAGAUUAUUCUGUCGACGGGAGAGAAACUUGGCCGCGACAAGCUCCCCAAAUUCGGGGACUUUGUGAAUUUGUCCGAAAGUGCCACGUCGCGCUACAUCCACAUGGCUUGCGAUGUCGUGAGUCCCGGCGUCCCCGGCACGCAGAACUACAGGAAGCACUGGGUAGCCUUCUGUGAGGAAAAGAAAAACCCCUCCAGGCUUUCAGUAAAUCAGUCGAAUCAAUUCACCAGCUACUUUGAAUCUGCGGCGGGUCUCAUCCACCAUCACAAAGAGAUGGCGCUCUUCUUCUCCGAUUUGCUGUCGAUGAACAACGACAAGUGCCCAAACAUUAUUCUGGAGUGCGUUGCUGCCGAUGCCAGUGAUCCUGUGAUACAGAGCCUCGUGUGUGUUCUGGCCAUCGUUUAUUGCAAAAUCCUCGGCCCUUACUGGCAGCUCCUGAAAAGCGGGGCCGAGUACUCUCUCUUCAGCCAGUACAUGCUCUGUCUCUACCAAAAGUUCCUUGAUUGGUCCAAAGAUCCUUCAACCCUGCUGGAACCCGAAGAGGCCAUGAAUGUUUUUCUGCAGUUCCCAUUGCAGGAGAAAACCUUUGACGGAGUGUUUCAUUACUGUGGCCAGUGGCACACGAACAGGGACCUAAUCCGAGCGUGCCUGAAGAAGAUGGUAAAGGUGAUUGCGGCCGUCACUGAGGAACACCUCAAGGAUUUCCUGCCAGGAGGAACAUUUUCUACCGUCCCUUCACCAGAUCUGAGUUUACGACUGGUGAGUUGCACGUUCUCCGUGUUGAUGGCGGAGUAUCCCUCCAGCCAGCCGUACCCUGACAAGAAGAGGAAGUUCUCUAAGCGCUCCUCGCGCAAGAGCUUGGGAAGCUCUCAGGAAGAUGAUGGCCGAUCUGGUGCAUCUGACGGCAGCUCCGAUGAUUCUUGUGCUUGGCGGGCGAAACAUGCUACCCAAAUUGACCAGAGGGAUGAGCACAGUCCGCAGAUGAGGAAAAUGGUCAAAAAAGAAAAGUCACCCGAAGAGGAGAACAUGGAUAGGGACUACAUAAUAGCCACGGUGAGCAGAAACGGAGGGCCAUGCAAGUCGCAGCAGGAUGUCGACAAAAUGAUGCUGCGCUUUGACGGGAAAUCCCGAGCUGAGAAACGGGAAGCAGUCCGUUGUGAGGUCUUGUACCAGAAGAUGGUUAUGAACAACACGGACCGGAACUUGUACUGCGUCUUUAGCAACGUCACAAAAAUGGUAAUGAAGCUGAAGGUCGCACUUCCCCGAGUAAAGCCUGGCUACUCUCUCGUUUGGGCGCCCAGAAAGACCAAAAUAAAGCCUGUGCUCCAAGACCUGAAGGAUGCUGCAGCUGGUCGGAGUGAAAAUGGAGGAACAUGAGAGCUUUUAUGGCAUCUUCAAAUUAUGAAGUUUGAUUAUUAUACUUUUGAUAUUGCCUUAAUAAUUGGCAUGCUGCUGUUUUGUAACGAGGCUUUUUCAUGAAAGUUUACCUUUUUUUGUCACCGAGAAGAAAAUGUAUAUUCAAGAUCAGUCAAUAACCAUGCUGACUUAAAAGAUGUAUAAACGAACCACUGACAGAAUAAACAACGUUGUCCAUA